CUUAAUGUCAUUAUAAUUGUAUUCAUAUUUUCAGUUCAUUUUUCAAUUAUGUUUUGACUUUUCAUUGAUAUGUUUGUUGUGAACAACAAUUUAUUUAUAAAUAUUAUGACGAUUUCAAUGGCUUUUUGAAACAUUAAUAUUCAUUAAAUUGCAAUAAAUGUAACACUUUUUGACACCAAUUCACACCAUUUCAUAGCAUUUCGUAACACUUGAGCCAAAAAGCAACACAUCUAUGGCUGACUCCGAGAUAAUCAUCGAUAAGUGGAAGAGAGAGCAGAUAUUGGGUUCGGGAGGGUUUGGUGUCGUGAGUCUGUGGAUCCAUUUGGACACCAAUGAGAGGAUAGCACUGAAACAGUGUCGAUGGAGUGAUGCCAACGCAGGGAUGUCUCAGAAACAUAAAGAGCGGUGGCGCCAAGAGGUGGAUAUAAUGCAUCGCCUGGACUGUCCAAAUGUGGUCAAAGCCAUUGCCAUUCCUCCAGCACUCGACUCACCUAAGGCUGAGCUGCCGAUCCUUGGGAUGGAAUUCUGCAGCGGCGGUGACCUCAGACGAGUCCUCAACAAACCGGCCAACAGUUGUGGUCUAACAGAGCUAGAAGUGCGACAAAUCCUGCGUCAGGUGUCCACAGCUGUUGAAUACCUGCACUCCAAGCGUAUUAUCCACAGAGACUUAAAGCCCGAGAAUGUGGUCCUUCAGCCACGUACUGAUGGACCCAUUCUUUACAAACUCAUUGACUUGGGUUACGCCAAAGAGUUGGAUCAGUCGAGUCUCUGCUCGUCAUUCGUGGGAACCCUUCAAUACUUAGCGCCCGAACUGUUUCUGAGUAAACAGUACUCCUCUGCAGUGGACAACUGGAGUUUCGGUCUCUUAGCGCAUGAGAUAAUGGUCGGCAGAAGACCUUUUCUGCCCAAUUAUAGUCCCGCCCAAUGGAUACCCAUUGUGUCAAAGAAGUCUUCGUCCGAUAUCUGCGCGAAUGUCGACAAAGACGGAAACGUCACCUUUUCUAAGGAGAUAUCCGUUUACAACCAAAUCUGUUCAACACUUAAAUUCAAUUUAGAAAACUAUCUCCGAAUGGUAUUGGAAUGGGAGCCAAAGAAAAGGGGUGGGAAAGGGGUCUUCCAGAUGUUGUCCGACAUUCUCAACAAAUAUAUCGUCGAAGUGUUUGUCGUCAAUACUCUCGAGUGCUAUUCAUAUGAGAUAACAGAAGACACUAAACUCCUUGACCUCCAAUUACUUAUCGAUUCCAACACUUCAAUCAAUUGCAACAAUCAAUACCUAAUUCUUCCGAAAGGACUCAUACCUCAAGAGAAUAUUGGGAAACAGAUUAUCGACUACUGGUAUAAGAGGGAUGACAACCAAAACAAAGACAUCCAAACCAUUUGCAUCUUAAUGUUUGAUAAGUCCAAAGUGUCUCAAUAUAACAGUUACUCCGCGUGUGUUAUCCCGCAGUCGGUCGAAGAGAUUAUGUUAAACCCGACGGAAGGUAUGGCUUAUGAGGAGCAGAAGAACGCUUGGCGUCACGCCGUUUGGGUGGCAUCCCAGGCCAUUAAGAAGUACGUCACUCUUCACGAGGGCUUCAAAAACAUUUUGAUGACUUGUUUGAGUUCACAAAACGUUAUGCAAAAGUUAAGCCAAAAAGUGAACGUAGAGUUCAGUAAACUCUUCGCAAUCACACAGUUCUUCAAGACGUCUAUUAAAAUAAAUCUCGAAAACUGCGAAAAGUGUCCAAACGUUUCGUCGACAGCUCUGUUGCGGUCGUCCAAAGAGUCGUUGAUUGAGUUGCGAGAAGUGUACGCGAUGUCCGAAACGGUGAAUAACUUAUUCAUAAAAUCGCAUUCAAUAGUGACAAAAGUAAUCGACGCCCAAAGGAAUCAAGUGUUCAAUGCGUUCAUUAAAUCCAAACCAAUCGAUGAAUCAAUUUCGUCGAUAUAUAACGACAUUCUGUCGGCUUUUGAUCAGUUGAGGAAACGGUCCAAAGAGGAGAGGAGUCGCAAAACGGAUAACACAGUUAUGGUUAAACUCCUCUGCGAUUGCUUCCAAUUAGAAGAGAAACUAAUGAAAGAUAUUUACUCUUAUAUCCGGAAACUCAUUGAUAUAUUGCUUCAAAUCCAAUCGCAUGAAAAGGAUUUGCAAUUGAUUUUGAAAUCAGUGUCNAAAUUGCAAGAAAGCUAUGAAUGA